CCUCUCUCUCUCCUUCCCUCCUUCCUCAAAAGGGCAACCGGGAUCGAGUCUAUUGGCGCUCUCCCUCUCUCCUACCCACCCACCACUUAUUUUUCAACUCCCCCAACCCCGAAUCAAAUCCCAUUCCCUCUCUCCCUCCCUCCCUUUUUUUUCCCCCAUCUUUUGUUGCGUUUUCAAGCACCCACGCCCCCCAAUCUCCAACGCCAUCAAUCAAGCUCAAGCACCAUCACCUCAAGAAGAAAGAAGGAAAGAAAGAGAGAAGGACCGGAGACCCGACAGAGGGUCGCGCGCGCACGAGACAUGGGACGAUCCCCUUGCUGCGAGAAGGCGCACACCAACAAGGGCGCGUGGACCAAGGAAGAGGACCAGCGCCUCAUCGACUACAUCCGCCUCCACGGCGAAGGUUGCUGGCGCUCCCUCCCCAAAUCUGCCGGGCUUCUCAGGUGCGGCAAGAGCUGCAGGCUCAGGUGGAUAAACUACCUCCGCCCCGACCUCAAGCGCGGCAACUUCACCGAGGAAGAAGACGAGCUCAUCAUCAAGCUCCACAGCUUGCUCGGCAACAAGUGGUCUCUGAUCGCGGGGAGAUUGCCCGGAAGAACCGACAACGAGAUCAAGAACUACUGGAACACCCACAUCAAGCGCAAGCUCGUCAGCCGCGGAAUCGACCCCCAGACCCACCGGCCCCUCAACUCCGCCGCCCCCGGCGUUCCUCCGGCGGCCACCUCCCCUCCCUCCUUGCCCGUCACGGAAAUCAGCCUCAUUAGCUCCAGCCUGCACCGCAGGCCCCACAGCAACGACUACUACGGCCGCGAGAAGCUCGAGCCCAAGGCAGAGCCUCUCCGGGAAGACAACCACUGCACGACGAGCAGCGGCACUACCACCGACGAGGAGCUGAAGGCGCCGCGAAACCGACAGCAAGCCCAGGGCGGAAGCGAACUCAACUUGGAGCUCUCGAUCGGCUUGGCCCCGUCCUGUCGUGAGCUCAAUCGCAACGCCUCGUCGGUGACUGCGAAUACGGCAGAGUCUAAGCUUCAGGAGGUCCCCUACCCGCUCCUCACCGUGCCAACGCCCGCGGCGGCGGCGGCGGCGGCUGCGGCAGCAGCGGUGUGCUUAUGUUGCCAGUUGGGGUCUCGGAGCGGCGGGAUGUGUGGGAAUUGCCAGAGCAACGGCGGCUCCUUUGGAUACUACGCACAGUUAGGUUCAUAGUCUUUCGGGAAAGGAGAAAAGAACAAGGGAAGAUAAAAAAAAAAAAAAACUCUAGUUUGUAAUGUUUCUGAUUAAAAGUAUAGAUGCUCACUCGCUUCUGUCACCUGCCCGAACUGAAUCAAGCACACCCAUUUUGGUUCAUUUUGUCAUCAUGACAUUGUUGAAGUAAUAGCAACAGAUAUGGCGCACCUGCUACUGAUUCAA